AUGUAAAAGAAAUGUAUAUAAAUAAAAUAAUAGUAAAAUGACUCGUGAGCAAUAUCACGUGGCGCAUGCGCAGUUGUUGGUUCCGUGUGUUUUAGGAUUAACUGACCGCUAGCAAUUUUAUUGUUCGGGGUUGUUUUUGUCUCUCUCUUUUUCUUUUUUUGGUGUGUGGAUAUUUUUCUUUCCAUCAUGGAAAUAAGAAGUUAUUUGCUGUUUGCCCUUCUUCUUGUGAUAGAUAAAGUGUCGAUGCAGAGCGUCACAGUUGAAGCUGAUCUCGGAGGCUCUGUGAUCUUACCGUGUUCAGUCGGUCGCUAUGAAAAGGAUGUGUUCUGGCGGGAUGAAAACAGCAAGUCGGUGUAUGACAUCAUCAUGGGUGAAGUGGAUUUUCAUGACCAGGAUGCUGCGUACAGGGACAGAGUCGACAGUUUUAAAUCAGAGUUCACAAAAGGGAAUUACUCCAUCAGAUUGCAUAAUGUGAAACCCACUGAUCCGGGACGUUACAGUUGCCACAUUCCUAACUCCAUUACUGUCCAUGUACAACUGAAGAUUAAAGCAGAAAGAAGAGCCUUAGAACCAACGCCUAAGCCGAGAAACAGUGGCACCGUGAAGAGAGCAAGCGGUACAUCACUGUUUCUGCUCAUAUGUGUUCUACUGCACAGCCUCGCAGACUGAAGAGGUCAUGAAGCCCAAUGUGUGGAAAAAGCAGCUAUCCAAGCUUUUCUUCACUACAUUUAAAGUAGUACUUAACUAAAGGACAUCCCAAAAGUCUUCCAAAAUUUUUCAUAAUUAUUUUAUUAUAUAUAUACACACAUACAGUAUCUCACAAAAGUAAGUACACCCCUCACAUUUUUGUAAAUAUUUGAUUAUAUCUUUUCAUGUGACAACACUGAAAAAAUGACACUUUGCUACAAUGUAAAGUAGUGAGUGUACAGCUUGUGUAACAGUGUAAAUUAAAAUAACUCAACACCCAGCCAUUA